AUAGGUGACAAGGAUAAGAACUAUCAUCCUGAAGCUCUAGAGCGGCCAUCUCCCUGACUCUGAGUCACAGCUCUCAGGAUGGAGCAGGCAAUGCUGCAGAUGCUUGUUCUAUUGGUGCUGGGAACGCACUACCAGUGUGCCUCAGGUUUCCCGGUGUACGACUUCGACCCUUCCUCCCUGCAGGAAGCCCUCAAGGCCUCGGUGGCGAAGGUGAACUCGCAGUCCCUGAGUCCUUACCUGUUUCAGGCGACCAGGAACUCCUUGAAAAGAGUCAACGUCCUGGAUGAAGACACCGUGGUCAUGAACUUGGAGUUCAGUGUUCAGGAAACGACAUGCCUGAGAGAUUCUGGUGAUCCCUCCUCCUGCACAUUCCGAAGAGGUUACUAUGUGCCAACAGCUGCUUGCCGGAGCACCGUGCAGAUGUCCAAGGGGCAGGUGCAGGAUGUGUGGGCUCACUGCCGCUGGGCCUCCGCAUCCGAGUCCAACAGCAGUGAAGAGAUGAUUUUUGGGGACAUGCCAAGAUCCUAUAGACGGAGGAAUGAUUAUCUGCUGGGUUUUCUUACGGAUGAAUUGGAUGAAUUCAGAAAUGAACGAUUCCAGGACCGGUCACUUGAGAAUGUGAGAAGGCGACGUCUUCCUGCACAUAGAAGGUUCCAAAAUCCCCGUCAAAGAGCAAGAGCAAACUCUGGCUUUGAGUGA